GUCGGCCAGCAAACGUAAAGUGGACAUUGAGGCUUCUACAUCCCUGCUUCCAAAAGCCUUGUAUUUCCACAGCAACUCCUGAGAAGAUGCAGCAAUUCUAAGUGAGAUGUGUUCAGAUGACCGAGUGAGCAGCAAUAAUCAUAAAAGCACAUGGCUGGUCCUCCACACUGUCACCUAUGUGCUUAGUAAAUACUGUUAAGAUAAGGAUGAAGGGCCCUGCUCUUGCUCUGUUUCUCUUCAUAGUUCUGUUGGCUGUGGUGGAAGUAAGAAGCAGGCAGGCUGUGAAGCUCUGUGGCCUGGACUACGUGAGGACAGUCAUCUACAUCUGUGCCAGCUCACGGUGGAGGAGACACCUGGGGGGUGCUCUCCAUGCUCAACAAGCUGAGACAAGAAACUACCUCCAGCUCCUAGACAGACGGGAGACAUCCAAGAAAAUGCUGGAGCACAACCUUCCCAAGAUGGAUCUCUCAGGACAGGAGCUUGGUCAAGAUCCACAGGCAUCCAUGGAAGAAGGUCUUUGGGAAUUGAAGAAGCACUCGGUAGUAUCCAGACGAGAUCUGCAAGCUCUGUGCUGCAGGGAAGGCUGCUCUAUGAGGGAGCUCAGCACCCUCUGUUAGGACGCACCAACCCCUUGGCAGGCUUCAGCAUGCAUCUCAGUGUUCUACCAUCGAGUUCCAUGUUCAGCUUCUAUCACUACAACCAUGGCUUUUGGGUAGACAAUCCUUUCUUGAAAGGUCUAUUACGGCUUAAAGCCACUCUUCUCCCUGUGCCAAUCCACUCUUCUUUCUAAAUUCUAACUACUGCUUUGAAAUUUCAAGUGCUGUGCAAAAUUGCAAUAAAAAAAAUGCCUGAAUCCAAA